AUGGAUCACUCGAGAGAUCCUUGCCCCUGGGUUGCCCUGAGUGACUUGGCUAUUGGAGGCGCUGUCUGGCACGGUGUUAAGGAUUCCGAAACAGCCCGCUCGUGCCCGUGGCUGGGCGGAAACUUUGGUGUCUGGGGUGGUAUGUUCUCGACGUUCGACUGCGCGAUCAAGGGAAUCAGAAAGAAGGAGGACCCGUACAAUGCCAUCAUUGCCGGUUUCUUCACAGGUGGUGCGCUGGCCAUUCGAGGUGGUAUGAAAGCUGCCAGAAACUCCGCUAUCAUGUGCGCCAUCUUCUUGGGUGUCAUUGAAGGUGUUGGUAUUGGAUUCCAGAGAAUUAUGGCUGAGAACACGAGGUUGGAUCUACCCCCACCUCCUCCCGCUGGCGAGAAGGCCGUCGCAUAAACAUACACGAGUCACCCUACAAUAUCUUUCGACAAGAGUUUAAACCGCUCUCUUCAUAAAACCAUCUCUCCUCCUCUGUGUUGGGUCCGGGUUCUCAUUUUCUGCGGCAUGACAUAGAGGUUCCAUUUAUAUUUCGCUACCUUUCCGUUCCUGCUCGAAAAUAUCUCAGCAAUCUAUUUCGCGCCUGGGUUUAUAGUUCCAUCCCCUUGGCGUUCUGCAUUUCUACGUCGGGGAUUGCGGGUUCACAAAAGGCCAUUCCGGCCGUGUUUCUAGGACAGUCUGUCCAAGCCAUUGUGGUUCGACCCUGUACAUUAACGUCCGAAUGAAUGUGAUAUUUAAUACACAGCCUGCUUUACUGCGCGAUUCGUUUUUUUUAGAUCUCCCAGGUAUUUCCCCGAUUAGUCCGAGGG